AGUCCGGCGGCGCCUGGGUUGCUCCACUUCUCCAAGUUUGCGCUUGGCCUAAGUCAGCUGUUAGUGUCAGAUUUGCGUUCUUACUUUUUCAGCGUAACAACACGAAACACCCCGUACUCACCGCCGUGUUAUGGAACUAGACAAAAUGGACGAAAACGACUGGAAAUACCACGGCGAAGGGAACAAGAGCCUUGUUGUUUCUCACAUCCAGGACACUGAACAUGUGUGAAUAACCGCGAGAAAAUGAGAGGAAUUUGACCAACCUACGCUUAUGAGAAAACUCCACCUAGAAACACAUUCAAUGGAAAACCCUUCUUUUGUCUCCCACUGUUUUUAGUGAUGUUCAUAUCAUAAUAAUGACAUCUUUAUGGAAGUUCCUUCGGGACAAAUGAAGUAUAUAUUAAUCUGCUUAUCUAAUGUAAGGAAGACGUUGAAUGCCAUGUUCCAGUCAGUGGUGACACGGGUUACUGUAGAGGUUCUGCUCAGCACUCCAGAGUCCUCCGGCUUUUGAAAUACCCUUCCGAAGAUGCAGAAAACACGCAUCAGACGACAGAGCAAGCUUUCCAGCACAUAGUUAACAUAGUGGAUUAUAGCAGAAAUGUCAUGAAGCCCAUGUUGGGGGAGAAAUAUGUGCACAGUGGAGAAGUUGUUAAACUCCCAUUGGACUUUGUACGGCAGCUGUCUUUAAAGAUCCAGCAAGAACGCCCAGAAUUGCGGUGCGAUAAAGUGAUGGACACUUUCAGUGGAUGUGGCCUGUGCCUUCCCAACCUCACCCACCUCUCGCCAUGCCACUUUGGAGAUCUACGACCUCCUCUGUGUGUAGAAAUUAAGCCAAAAUGUGGAUUUCUACCCUUUUCAAGACACGUUACCAAGGAAUGCAAGCGUAAAGUGUGCCGAUUUUGUAUGCAUCAGCAUUUUAAGGUAGCCAAUGGGAAGUGGAACAGGUUAAGCAGAUAUUGCCCCUUGGAUCUCUUCUCAGGGAGCAAACAGCGAAUGUAUAUUGCAAUCAAGAACCUUUUGGAAGAACCACAAAAUAAUUUAAAAAUUUUCAAGGGUGGAGAACUGAUAUACAGCUGCAAAGAUGACGCCAAGCAACAACCAGACUUGAAUGAGCUUGUCCAGCACCUGUGGCCGUACUUCCACCACAACAAUGGUCACCAGUCCAGCAGAACCGUCCUCAGCGAGUUCAUUCAGGUGAUCUGUGGCGCUCUGCUGAGCACCGGAGACUCAAAUCGCUCCGGAGAACAGAGGAAGAUGCAGCUCACCGAGAGCAGAGUGCUUUGUGAAGCUAGUCCACUGCACAGAGAUCUGCUACGCAGUGGCAGUCCUGGGCUUCCCAAAGACUGUGUCCUUGCCAAAAUCCUUCAAGCUCAGAUGAUGGACAACCUCGACAUUGAAGGUCUCCACCCGCUGUACAAGAGGGUUGAGCAGUACCUGGAGGAGUUCCCUAAAGAGAGGAACAGAUUACAGAUAGACGGUCCUUACGAUGUGAAUUUCCUGGAAAAGGUGAAAUCAUGUCCUCCCGAAGACGAUGGCUCUAUAGAAUAUGCAGUCGGAAAGGUUCUUCAGUACAGAGUAGCAAUGACAGCUAAGGACUGCUCCAUCAUGAUCACAUUCGCACCUUGUGGAAAAGAUGAAAAGCUACAGCCACAUUUAGAAAUCCAGCCUACAAAAUCGCGUUUCGCGUUCUCCGUCUCCAUCCUGGAUUUGGACCCCAAACCGUACGAGAGCAUCCCGCACCAGUACAAACUUGACUCCAAAAUAGUCAACUAUUACCUAAAGAGCACAAAUGCUACACAGGAGCUGCCUCCCUCCAGCCUUUACACUGAGCGGCAGGACUGCACGCUGCUCUUCCAUCCUGUAUGAACCUCGCUUUCCUCUCGUCCCUGCUCCACACUCUGCUUCUCAUGUGACCCGUGACAAAAGGCAAAACCUGAACAUGGAAUGCACCAUCUGUGUGUAUUGAUCACAGCUUUUAUUUGUUCAUUCUUCCACUCUUUAAGAUGUGUGCCAAUUUUUAUUUAUUUUUUGGUAGGAUGGGAAUGUAAAAGAGUCUGACCUUUACAAGGAUGGAGAGAGACACAGACAGAGAGAGAGAGGAAGAGAGAGAGAGGGAGUGGAUGGUCAUGUGACCCACAACAGCGUUCUAGUGCCAAAAGUGGCUUUCUUCUCUUGCAUGGAGCGACAGUGUCUUAAUGUAGAGACUAAGGUGAUAGUUGAUUAAAAUAAAGAUGGAUACUUGACGUAAAACAAGACUACUACUCCAUAAUGUGUAGGUCUUUGACCACUGACAUUAACAGGAUUUACAAUAUGGUGAGAAGGCUGAAUGUUGAUGCAUUUAGCAGUCAGUGCCAUCACUUUUUGUACGUUCAAUAAGUACUGUACCAUAAUCUCUUAUUUAUGUUGGGUAAUCAAGCUUCUCAAACACAUUUUAUGUGGCUUUUGAUUAAAAAUCAUUUUUUUUUGCUUUACAUGCUGAUGACAAUGUUUAACCACUGCAUGUGUUUGCUGCUUAAAUUGUUUCUAGUCCGUUGUUUUUAAUGAACAAAGUUUCUUGGUUUAAUUUUUUUUCUUCUGUUUUUGACCUAAUCUCUGUCCACCUUAAGUGUAGCACAUGUGCAGUUACCACAAGUAAUAUUGUAUGCUACAGGUACAGUGGAUAUGGACCAGGUCCAAAAAACAAACAAAAACCCAUACAAAACCAAGACCUUAAUCUUGUAAGUGCUGGAGAAAUGCCUUUUUGGAGAACGCUGAAUUGAGCUGGGCUAAAACAUUAAGCGGUGGUUAAUGUAGGUUUUACUUGUAGACCAAAGGCAUUCAAAAACAUGUUGCACAUAAGAGUAUAGCGAACCAUGCUGCACUUUCCAUAACUUGUGUAACCUAAAGCAGUUUGUAAAAUUUUUAAUAGCUUGUCCUCAUCAUAAAUGACUCUGAGUAACGAGUUGCCUGUGGCUCAUCCUAUACGUUUGGCCCAUUUAAUUACAGCAGAAAGCACAGUGUUGACUAUAGCCAAAUCUUUUAUAGAUAUACAUGUAAACGACUACUUGCUUGUGACCACCUUAAAGUGACACUAUUCAUCACAUUGAAGGACAUUUCUGCAUUUGUGCUGGUAGCUCAGAGUCAUAUCAGCUGAUAAAUUACAUCAGAUGCAUCACUGCUUGGGCCAGUGCUGCUGCUGUUAAUAUUAUUAUUAUUAUCAUUAGUAGUAUUAUUAUUAAAAAUAAUUACCUUCCCGCUUAUAUGUGGUCUAGCGAUUGCUGUGUCUGUUGUUUUAAACCACUAAAGUCUGUUUCUCUUCCUUAGUUAAAAACUGAACAAUUCAGUAACCUGACUUGAUUUUGUAACUGCGUUUGCGCAUGUCAGUUCUCGAGGCCUUAAUCAACAGUUCAGAGAAUUUUCAUGUAUUUAAACAUGAACAGCCUGUAAUAUUGGGCAAACUCUUACUGUUGCUCCUAAUGUACCUCUGUAAAUGUUUGUACUUUGUGCUGCAGAUUUUAGUUUGGUAGUCAUUACAUGUGAAGUAGUAAAAAAAAAAAAAAUAGAUUUUUGUUUUUUUUUGGAGUUUAACGUAAAAUCAGAUGUCAAUGUUACUUUACUCUUUUUGCAAGAGAUACAGAUGUAUCUGGGUGCGAGAUUUGUAGUUUGUGUUGUUGCAAAGCAAAAUAUUUGGUCUACACUGCCAGUCAAACACAUUAAACUGUAAUCAAACAACCUUUAUCACUAUUAGUGCUACAGAAACAGUAAGUUAAGUUGAGGUGUUGUUCGUCAGUUUCUUUUAAUUAAGACAAAAUUACAUGAAACAUCAAUUGGCAAUGUAGCAAAGCUCUAUAUAAAGUUCAGUUGACAAGACAUCAAUGCCUACAGAUGACUUAUUUUUACACUUUAACAGUUAAUUCCCUUAUACUUGUUUAAUCAAUUUUUUUACAGUUGAUUUUUUCAGGAUUUUAAAUUAAUCAAAAGUUCGAUUAAACAAAAUGAAAACCUUUGACUGGCAGUGUCUGAAAGCUGAAGAGUGUAAAGUUAAGGCCAAACUUGAAGUUUUUGUUCUGGUUAACUUGCAGGGAGCAAAACAGUAACUGACUCACUACAAAGGAACUAAAGGAUGUGUACUUGCUAAAUUGAAACCCAGGUUACUAUUAAUCCUCUCAAGAAAUCACACUCACUGUGAUGCAGAUUACAUAAGGACUAAACUGUUCACUAUUUCAAAAGAUAAAGUGGAUUUUGCGGUCACAUUUUUCUAUUUAAAUUAUUUAUUUUUCUAGCUAUUGUCUAAUGAUGUAUAUUUACAUGCGCUAUGUGCACACAUGUACAUGUGGUGACAGAAUGUGUACAGAUUGCAUUAAUACUUUCUAAAUGGGUGAAGAUACAAUGAUGUUUAUACUGAAUAAAAUGAUAAAGAACAUA